AUGGAAAGCUCUUUUGCAAGUUUACCGUCUACCAAUGGCCACGCAGCACACGAGAUCCGACCCCUCCAAAAACACAGCCGCUCAUCCUCGACUACCUCAUCGCACACUGACCACCACCACCAUCACGGCCACAGCCACGACGAACACGACCAGGAGGCCCAACAACACCACCACCACGUCCCAACAAACGCCUUCCUUUCCCUCGGUCUCCAAACAAGCACAGCAAUCGCCCUGCACAAAAUCCCCGAAGGCUUCAUCACCUACGCCACCAACCACGCCAACCCCACCCUCGGCUUCUCCAUCUUCCUCGCCCUCUUCAUCCACAACAUCACCGAAGGCUUCGCUCUCGCUCUGCCCCUAUACCUUGCCAUCGGCUCCCGCUGGAAAGCCAUGCUCAUCUCUGCCGUCCUGGGUGGUGUCAGUCAGCCCCUCGGUGCUGGUGUCGCAGCACUGUGGUUCAAGAUCCAAGGUAGGGGUCGAGAGCACGGCGCUGAUGAGGGCAUGGACACGAUUUACGGUUGCAUGUUUGCAGUUACUGCGGGGAUUAUGGCGAUGGUGAGCUUGCAGCUGUUGGGCGAGAGUCUGGAUUUGACGAAUUCGAGACGCCUGUGCUUUGUCAGUGCGUUUGCGGGAAUGGGGAUACUGGGGUUGAGUAGUGCGCUUACGGCGUGA